UGUGGCUGGAAGGGAUGGAGUGCAUUCGAAUGUUGGUGUAAAGAAAGCUUUGGUGUUCUACAAUGGAAGGCCUCCAAAAGGGAUGAAGACCAACUGGAUCAUGCAUGAAUAUCGCCUUUCACACAGCCCUAAAUCCAACCACAACAAUACAUCAUUGAAGUCCAAAGAUUGUUCCAUGAGGUUGGAUGAUUGGGUUCUUUGCCGCAUAUACAAUAAAUCCCAUGCCUUAACUUCAACACCAGCAGCUGUAAAUGACCAAGUUCCAGAGGAAGAUGAAGCUGAACAGUUCAUUCAAGAUGCCCUUUUACCAGCCCUGAGAAGCCCUUCAACCAGCAACGAUAACAUUCUUAGCCUUCAACCCCAGAAAUCAUCUUCUUUCUCCAAUCUGUUAGAUUCCAUGGACUACUCGAUGCUUAGUAGUUUCCUUGCAGAUAACCAGUGCAACACAACUGGACAUAUCCCGGUCAGCAGCGACAGCAGCAGGUUGAACUCUUCGGUCCCAAGCAUGGAAAACAAAAUCGAGCGCCAAUAUUCAAUUAUUGAUGAGGAUUACUUGGAGCCGUCAAAGAAACAUAUCGGUUCUUGCAGUCACACUAAGAGCACCAGCCAAUCUAAUACGACUCAAUACAACUUACUAAACCAUUCAUUUUUGAACCACAGCUUACUUCUAAAUCAUCAUUUUCAAUUUCAUGGAUAGAA